UUCGUAAUUUUGCUUCAGUAUUAUGAAAAUACUACCGAAACGACAGUUUUUCCCGAUUUAUCAAUCACAAAAAUACCAACCAUCACCGAUAGCACCUCGUUGAAGAUGUUAGAUGACAUCACGGCUAAAGUUUGGAGAAUCUUACCUGUGAUCGAUAUACCUCGAAAUUGGGUGCUUGCAUAUUGUAUGAAAUACACCGAGAUUUCUGAAGAUGUUGAAAAAGCAAAAACCCGAUGCCAAUACGGUGGAAUAGAUUGGGAUUGCACGUUUAUCGAAUUGGGUGGAGGGCAGGAUGAUUUCAACAUUGGAAAAAUCGUUUCGUUAUUUCACAAUCUUUCCAACAACGAGCUGAGAUUAAAAUUGCUUCGUGCGGCCGAAAUUUGUGGAAAACUCUGGCAGAAAUACAAACAAGAUCAAAAUAAAAGAUUAAUUCGCAUGAAAUUAAACGUUCGCGUGAAGAAUAGAGAAAAGAGAUUCUCGAAAAAGUAUAAAGAAUCACGGGCUUCGAGGAAAAAAAAGAAGAAUUUGAGAAGGAAAAAGAAAGAGGAACGCGAUGAGGAAAUAACGAAAAAGAGACGAGCCGCCAAAAAAGUACAAGCCAUUCGAAAGAAUUUGUCAAACAAGAUUACAGAACUUGAAAGUAAAAAUAUUACAAAUUUGUUUGAAAGACACCAUUUUAUUAGAUAAAUUACAGUCGCACAUAAACGAUUGUAACAAUUAUCCUUGCAUGUUUUCAAAAAUCAUUCAAGAUGAAACGAUGAAAUCCAUUGUAUCUAUAAUACGAAAUGAUACAAUGGAUGAUACUAUCAGUAAGGAAUUUAAACAAAGUAUACAAGAUUGUUCAAUUUGGUGGAAAUUAUUUAAAUAUUUUGACAAGAAUGCAAAUCCUCGUCGAGAGUUAGGAAGAUGCUUAUUUCAAACGUUUUCAUUCGUAAGCAAUAACUUAAACAAUAAAAAGAUGAAGGAACAAAUAAAAAAAAUUAUUUUAUGUUUGUAGAAAUGUAGAGAACCGGUUUUGGAUAAAGUACGAUUACUUUUAAUUACCACCGAGGAA